AUGAAGCGGCAGGCUCGUUCACUCGAGGAGGCCAUUGCAGUUGUACAGAGCGGCUCCAUGUCACUCCGCGAAGCUGCUCGGAAGUUCCAUGUACCUCGAACAACGCUGCAGCGUCGAGUGCAGCUUCGUGCAUCCGCGGCUUUGAGACCAGCUGGUUCGGAACGUGUAACAGCCGCUCCAAUAGCCAUUGGUACAGACGCUGAGAACGAUUCAACUGGCGACAACACUUUAGCGAUUCCUAGGACUAUACGUCGAGACGUUCCUGUAGUUGGUCAGAAGCGACCAGCGAACGAUACCGAGAUGCACAACCAAGGGCCACGGAAGGUCAUCAACUGCAAGAUCCGAAUGCUGUGUACGGCUGCAGGGAGUGCGCUAGAUGAAUUGAGCAACGACAUGAUUAAGAAAGGCAAGUGUAUCUACAAACUAGGCUUGGGACAGUCGCCAUUUCCAAUCCCGCAGUGUAUCGUCGAUGAAUUACGUGCCAACUCGCACCAACGUGACUACUUGCCGGUGGCAGGGCUGCCGGAGCUAUGUGAUGACAUUGCUGCGUGGGGAGCGGAUCGGCUGCAUGUCCAGUACUCGCGAGACGAUGUCUUGGUAGGUCCCGGAACGAAAGAGCUACUGUUCGUGUUGCAGACGGUGUACUAUGGAGAUUUACUGCUGCCGAACCCGAGCUGUACAAGUUAUGCGCCACAGGCCGCAAUUGCUGGCAGAAACAUGAUGUGGCUACCUACUCAUGCCGAAGACCACUUUGUGCUACGUCCAGAAGUACUCGACGCGCAUUGCGCUAAGGACCCAGGAAUGUAUGCUCCACGAAUUCUUAUCCUGAACAGUCCGUCAAACCCCACCGGUUGCGCUUAUCAAGCCAAUGAGUUGGAGGCACUUGCAAAAGUUGCGAGGAAAUACCGUAUCCUUGUCGUCUCGGACGAAAUCUACUCGGAAUUGCAUCAUUCUGGCACACAUUUGUCGCUCUCCAAGUACUACCGUGAAGGGACCAUCGUCUCAGGGGGUUUGAGCAAGUGGUGUGGCGCUGGAGGCUGGCGCAUGGGCUUCUGGCUGUUUCCACCUAGCAUGGACUGGUUGCGCAGCAGCAUGCUCGUCAUGGCAUCCGAAACAUACACGUCAGUUGCUUCACCUAUCCAGCAUGCCGCUCGACGAGCAUUCGUUCUUGAUUGCGUCGAACUCGCCUCGUACAAGCGCAAGUGCCAGAAAACGCUGCAGCUCAUAGGUCGAUGGUUUGCUUACCAGUUGCAAAAGAUGGACAUUGAAGUGCAGGUUCCCGAAGCCGGUUUCUACCUGUUUCCAUGCUUUCGACGACACUGCAAGGCACUGGCAAAGAGAGGCAUUGUCACCGACGAGCAGCUCUGCGCGCAGCUACUGCAGGAUACCGGCGUGGCAAUUCUGCCAGGAUCAGCUUUCGGACGUGCACCUGAGGAGCUCUUUGCCCGGCUGGCAUUUGUGGACUUUAAGGGCGACCUCGCGCUUUACCUUAUCGAGAGCAUGCAAGAUGAGCCAUCGCUGGACGCAAUUGACGGCUUUGUCCAGUCAGUCUGCCCGAAUUUAGACAUCGCUAUGCACAAGCUAGCAGCGUGGAUUGCACUCGCACGACCGUCUGCCGUUCGUGCAUCGACUCGCGUCUCAGGGGCCACCUCUUAG